UGGUCUCCUAUGUUUUCAGAUAACGCCAUAGCAUGUGGUUUGUUCUUCACUGAUUGAGUGAACCCUGUUAUUCAGCUCAGUUUCUCUGCUGCCUCUCUGCAGUUGUUUGAAACAUAUUAGAUUCUGAACCGACGCUCCUGUCUCUUGUUUUCAAGCUGGCGAAGGAAACCACGGCCCAGAAUUUAAAAUGUCACAGGCCACCAAACGCAAACAUGUCGUAAAAGAAGUCCUCGGAGACUUCAUCACUCCCACAGAGAACCAGCAGAUUGUGAAGGUGAUCGGUAGCCGUGGCAACAACCUCCAUGAAACAAUCACGGCUCAGGGCGAGACCUUCCUGGUGAGCAUGCCCACCAAGUUCCGCAAGAACAUCUGGAUCAAGAGAGGAGAUUAUGUGGUUGUGGAUCCUAUUGAAGAAGGAGAGAAGGUGAAGGCAGAGAUCAGCUUCAUUCUCUACAAAGAUCACAUUCAGGACCUGCAAAAACGGCAACUCUGGCCCCAGGGUUUUAUGGCGGAGCGGCCAUCACUGGACAAGGCCAGCAGGAAGCAGGAGGACGAGGAGAAAGAGGAGGAAGAAGAAGGGGAUUCUGAAGAUGACAGUGACCUCUUUGUGAACACCAACCGCUGCAACUACCAGUACAGUGAGAGCGAAGAGGAUGACAGUGAGGAAGAGGAGGAGGAGGAGGAGGAGGAAAGGACAGGAAAUGGAUCAUAGCUGCAGCGGAACAACAAAAGUAAACCUGUGAACUGAAAAGAUCCACUGACUGUUCAGCUGUCAUUAUUGACCGGUUAAAAUUUUGCAUUUGGGCAACAGCUCCCUCUGCUGGCCAGCUGGAGCUCCUUCACUGACUCUCAGAUUUUCUGCUUCUGCCCAAAAUCAUCUAAAAUGUUCAAGUGGAAUUAAAAUAUAACCAGAAUUAGCAUCACAUACGCUGCUCUUCGUCUUCCUAACAUCAGCAACACCGACGCACAGCGAAAAAGUUAUGUGAUUGAUACAGCUGCUGCUGCUUCGCCCGUCACCAAGGCGCCAAACGGGCUUUAUAAGGUUUCACAUCUUGAUCUGUUAACCGGAAAUAAUCAAAGGCACAAUUCAGCCCAUCAGGGCAUUUUAAAAAUGGAGCGUAUGAGGAAAACAGGAACGGUUGUGAUCUCCUCUUCCACUUGAUCUAUCAGAGCCCAUAUAAAUGUCAAAGUGAUUCUGUUUGAUUCAUUUCUUCUAAUACGUACAGGUUAAAUGUCACAGUGUGAUCAAACUGUCUUGUAUAAAUAAAAGCACCUCCUGUGCUCGGGCAUUACAGAGAGAGGCGACAAACCUGGGCUCUGUUUUAGAAAGUGGGAUUUAUUUAUUCUGAGUGGGAAAAUGUGAUAUCUGUGAGGUACCUCAACUCUGAGCUACGUCAGCCCAGAGGUCAGGAUAAGCAUGAGAAUAAUGUGAGCCCUGAUCAAUGGAUCACAGAACAGCCAAUCCAUCAUGGCCACCGGGGCUUAAAGUAUUAAUGACGGCAUAUGGAGAUGAUCAAACACAAAAGGUUGUGAAGUGUGACCAAAUUUUGUUUCACAUAAUUAAAAAUGAAAUAACAUUUUAUGAUAAAGCAACAUGAAAGUGCAUUGAAACCUUAACAGCCGUCAAUCAACUACUUGGGAAUCCAAAUAACAAAGGGCCUCUCCAAGCUGUAUGACACUAAUUAUAGAUCUUAAAAAAUGCAUACAAAGAAAGAUGGAAGGUUCUUUUGAUGGACUUACAAUCUAUGAAUGUGUUGCCUAGAAUCCUCUACUUAUUUUAGUCUUUACCAGUGUCAAAACC